AUGAAAAUUGGUAAGCAAAAGCUUGAUACAUCUUUUUUUACCAUCAUUUCUCCUCUAUAUUUAUUUAUUUAAUCCGUUAUUUAUUCUUAUAUUUAAAGUUGUAAUUAUAUUGGUGCAUAGGGUGUAAAAGAUUUAGGCACAGGAAUAGCCUAGUGCAAGAAUAUCACAACUUUAACGCUUGAUUUAUAACACAAUAAUAUUGGUUAUGAGGGUGCAAAAGAUUUAGGCACAGGAAUAGCCUAGUGCCAUAAUAUCACAACUUUAACUAUUAAUUUAAGUUGGAAUAAAAUUGGUGAUGAGAAUGCAAUAGAUUUAGGCACAGGAAUAGCCUAGUGCAAGAAUAUCACAACUUUAACGCUCAAUUUAGGAUAUAAUAAUAUUGGUGCAUAAGGUGCAAAAGAUUUAGGCACAGGAAUAGCCUAGUGCCAGAAUAUCACAACUUUAACUCUUAAUUUAAGAGAGAAUAAUAUUGGUGAAUAGGGUACAAAAGAUUUAGGAACAGGAAUAACCUAGUGCCAGAAUAUCACAAAUUUAACGCUCAAUUUAGGAGCGAAUAAAAUUGGUAAUGAGGGCGCAAAAGAUUUAGGCACAGGAAUAGCCUAGUGCAAGAAUAUCACAACUUUAACGCUCAAUUUAGGUUGGAAUAAAAUUGGUGAUGAGUGUGCAAAAGAUUUAGGCAAAGGAAUAGCCUAGUGCAAGAAUAUCACAACUUUAACGCUCAAUUUAGGUUGGAAUAAAAUUUGUGAUGAGGAUGCAAAAGAUUUAGGCACAGUAAUUGCCUAGUGCAAGAAUAUCACAACUUUAACGUUCAAUUUAGGAGCGAAUAAUAUUGGUGCAUAGGGUGCAAAAGAUUUAGGCACAGGAAUAGCCUAGUGCAAGAAUAUCACAACUUUAACGCUCAAUUUAGGAGCGAAUAAUAUUGGUGAUGAGGGAGCAAAAGAUUUAGGCACAGGAAUAGCCUAGUGCAAAAAUAUAACAACUUUAACGCUUAAUUUAAGCUAAUUAAGCCAGCUUGUCAUUUACUAACUAACUUGCUUAUUUACUUACUUACUAACCAAAUAAAAUAUAACGAAUUUCUUUACUUACUCAUCACAACACAACUAAAAUACUAACGAAAGCCAUCGUUUUUUUACCAUCCUUUCUCCUCCAUAUUUAUUUAUUUAAUUCGUUAUUUAUUCUUAUAUUUAAAGAUAUAAUAAUAUUGGUUAUGAGGGUGCAAAAGUUUUAGUCACAGGAAUAGCCUAGUGCCAGAAUAUCACAACUUUAACGCUUGAUUUAUA